CACUACUGCAGCAACAUUUUGAGUUGUGAAAACAACUGAGCAAGAGUCUACUAGAACAUUCUGGUUUAACCGAGAACUUGAUUUCGCAUUAUAUAAAGGCCGACUUAACAAUGAAGAGGGCAGACUUCAAACAGCAUCACUAAAGCUACAAUUGAGAUACCACAAACACACCAAUUGAAUAUUUUGGACGAACUAGUAUCUUGCAGUGCCAUUUCAUCAAUAUAGGAAAAAUGGCGUAUGAAGUGAAGUGCAAUGACGAGGUCGGUCGUUAUGUGGUCGCCGCGAGAGAUUUAUUAGAAGCUGGCGAGGAGUUCCUCGAGGAAACUGCAGCAGUCGUUGGGCCUAAGCAUCACACUCCUCCAGUUUGCCUUGGCUGCUUGGCCCUUGUCGCCGGCGACACUUUUUGCGGCCGAUGCGGCUGGCCUGUGUGCGGACCCGAGUGUGCGGACCUUCCAGCUCACAAGGAUGCUGAAUGUGCCAUUUUUGCGUCUGCAAAUGUCAAAUUUGGACCACCCCCGGAGGACCCGACCGCAGAUUGCCCUCAACUAGAAUGCGUUACUCCGCUGAGAUUGCUGCUUUCGGUCGGAUCAGAAAGGUGGAAUGAUGAGGUCGUAAAAAUGGAAAGCCAUUCUGAAAAGCGGCGAGGAGGAGCUGACUGGGAAGCUGACCAGGUCAACAUUGUGAAUUUCCUGCUUGAAAAGUGCAAAUUGACCGGCAAAUAUACAGCGGAGCAAAUUCACCAGGUUUGCGGCAUUUUGGCUGUAAACGCGUUUGAGGCUCGUUCCAGUGUCAGCGGGGGAAACGCUGUACGAGCGCUCUAUCCGCAGCUGGCAAUUUUGUCUCACAACUGCGUGCCCAACACAUCUCAUUCCAUAAGCUCCGACUACAAAGUAAAGGUUCGCACCACUGUUCCUGUGAAGAAGGGCGAAGAACUGUUUUCAACCUACACGCACACACUUCAACCUACGUAUGCGCGGCGCAAGCACCUCAAACUUAGCAAAUAUUUUGAAUGCCAGUGCGCAAGAUGUGCUGAUCCUGAAGAGCUUGGCUCCAACUUGAGCACAAUUAAAUGUCCAAAGUGCGAGUGGGGAUGGGUUCGAGCUGAAAACCCACUAAACGAAGAAUCAGACUACAAAUGCGGUAAAUGCGAAUUCAAAAUGUCCAACGCGGACACAAUGAAGGCCAUGGAAAUAAUCAAGAAUCAGCUGGAUUACCUCGACCCUGAAAGCGUGGAAAUGAGAGAGCAUUUGAUCAAAAAAUACCACAGCUUCCUGCACCCUAAACACGCGCACCUGACCACCCUAAAACACGCCCUGAGCCAGCUCUAUGGGCGGGCACUGGACUACACUUUCGACGAGAUGCCUGACCUGCUGAUGGAGAGAAAAAUCGAGCUAUGCCGUCACAUGCUCCAAAUUGCAGACAUAAUCGAGCCUGGACUCUCCAGACUGAGAGGAAUGAUUUUGUACGAGCUCCACGCUCCGCUUAUCAUGCUGGCGCGCAGCCUUUAUCAGCAGAAAGCCCUAACCGGUUUGGCUCUUUUGACGCGAAUGCAGGAGGCGGAACAAGUGCUAGCCCAAGCCGUUCAAAUCCUGUCCCUAGAGGACCCUGAAUCAAUGGAAGGCCAGUUGGCCGCGCAAGCUUGCUUUUCUUUGCAACAGCUGCAGCAAACCAUAACCAUGCUGCCCCAGCAAAUAGAUAUUGUGGAUGGCGACAAGCACAUUGGGGGAUGCACACGGCAUGCAGACAACGGACGGCGUGGAGAUGCUGUGUUUAGAAAUUUCAUGAGGCAAAUCCUGUUCAAUUCUUACUCAUCUAAUCAGAAGCACUUUGCGAGUUUGCUGGAAAAGAACCUAAGAAUGUCAGUUGCUACUGAGUUAUCUUCAGAAAUCGAGGAGAAACGUUUUGAGGAGCUCAAUGGCGUGGAUGCUAUCUGCCCUGUUCGGAUUGCGCGCUCCCCAGAGUUAGGAAGAUAUUUAGUGGCAUUUCGGGACAUUUCUGAAGGCGAAGUUAUCCUAAAAGAUACACCACUGGUCGUCGGCCCUCAAGCAGAGUCAGCUCCAGUUUGUCUCGGGUGUCAUCGACCAGUUGGCCUAAAUGAACCGCAUGUGUGCUCUAACUGUGGCUGUGCUCUUCUUUGCGGGCCUCAGUGUGAAAAACUACCGGCUCACGUGAACGAAUGUGACGCUCUAAGAAACGCUUUGCCCAAUUCGGCACCUCUCCUGCUUAAAGACGAUGGCAACUGGCAGUGCAUUUUGCCCAUGCGUUGCUUUUUAAAUCAACCCAGAGGACUCUUCCAGUUAGAGGCGCAAAUGGACGCGCGGAAAGAAUCAGGCGCAUGGGAAGAGUGCGAGCGAAACGUGGUCAAAGUGCUCCAAAAGCAUGAGCUCCUCAAGAAUAUCCCUGAGCAGGCUAUACAGAGGGUUUGCGCAAUUUUGGACGUGAAUUCUUUUGAGGUGCGAGGUCCACCUGAUGAAACCGGCAGGUCAGAAAGCCUUCGCGGCGUGUAUCCAAAUGCAGCACUCAUGGCCCACUCGUGCUUUGCAAACACGCACCUCUCGAUAGGCGACAAUUACACGCUGAUUGUUAAGGCUGCGGCCAAAAUCGCGGCCGGGGAGGCCGUCUUUUAUAACUACACAGACACUCUGAUCAGCACCGCGGGUCGGAGGGAGCGGCUGAGGCACGGAAAAUACUUUUCCUGCGAGUGCACGCGCUGCACCGACCCCACUGAACUGGGCACUCACCUCAGUUCUUUGAGGUGCAGCGACCAACAAUGUCCAGGAUCAGUUGUAUGCACCAACCCGCUAGAGCCAAUUGCGGCAAAAUGGAAAUGUGACAGGUGUGAAAAAACAUUAGACGGCUCAGUUGUGCGAGCAGGUUUGGUGGGUGUUCAAAAGGAAUUGCUCGAAGUUGACCAAACGGACGUGUUAGCUAUGGAAGAGCUUCUUGCCAAACUUUCUCGCUCCCUGCACCAAAAUCACGCUGCGAUGCUGGAGCUGAAGCAGGCGCUCUCUGGAAUGUAUCGCGAGCAGAUCAUGGAUGAAGGACCGGUAGUUCCAACCAAGCUGCUAACAAGAAAACUUGAAAUUUGUCAGUCUCUUUUACCUGUCAUCGAGAGACUGGAGCCACCUCUAUCUAGGUUGAGAGGAAUAACUCUUUACGAGAUCGCCUCUCCAAUGGUCGCCCUCGCCAAACAGAAGAAAGUCUCAAAAGUGUCAAGCGCAACGUGGGUGGCUGAUGUUAGAAACCAAUACGUAAAGUGCGAAGAAUUGUUGAGAGAAUCUGCAAAAAUUCUACUGCACGAGCCACCAUCAGCUCCAGAAGCGCAUUUGGCAAAGGUUGCAAUCAUGGAACUGAGGGGAGUCAGACAGGAGAUCGCCGAUUUGAACAAAAAGUGUGCGAAAAUUUCAAAGAAGAAGAAAUAAAACGUUCCCUCUAUAAAUUAACAAUGUUUUCAGUAUUUAAAAUGCCAUACAUAUAUUUUAAUUUUUUAUGCUCUUUCUCGUCAUCUACCGAAAAUUGCAUAAAUUUUAUAAAUUAGGGCCUACUGCCUCAAUUUAAGCCUUUUUAGUUUAAAUCAAAUAAAACGAAAAGAAGUGUUAAAUCAAUUUUCUUGAAUGUCCUCAGUUACUUUCAUUUAAGAAAACGUGUAAGGAUUUUUUCAUUUUUCACCGUCCAUAUAUUUUAGUACGAUAGUUCUCACUAGAUGGCCUCAUUUACUUGUAUAUUUAUAUUGUGUAUGGUUCGUGCAGAAUAAAAGCCUUAGACUUUUUUUUUAAAUUUCUUACCUUUCAUAGGGACAACAAAAUGUAUCCUAAUAGCAAAAUUUCCUAUUUAUAAAGAAAAAAGUUAAGAUUACUAAUACCGACAACAUUUUUGAUGUCAGACAUAUAUUAUACUGAUGUAAUUUUCGUAACUCCAGACUUCUUAACAAUCAGCACGCGUGAUUUCCCCGCACACACUUUUGCAAUUCGAAAAUCAUGGCAUGCAAUAAUGAGCCGAGAUUGCAAAGCACAGUGCCUGCACCAGUUUACAGUCGCUUGAAACUUCAAUUCGCCAUGCACCGAUUGUUUACAUACCCGAGAAAAUUCAACUGGCUCUUUGGAGUGGACCGCUUUGAGAUGGCGAAAUCUGGACUUUAUUGCGACCCCGACUUCAAAAAGAUAAAAUGUAAUUUCUGCGUGUUUACAUGUAAUUUGGACCACAACACUGAUCACAACAUCAAAAAGCAUUCCGAGUGCCCCUCUAAAGGCGACGAAGAUGUUUCUUUUACGGAACAGUUGGAUUUCAAUUAUGAAACUCACCGUUUGUAUUCACUGCUUUUGAAAGAGGAAUGUUUACCUUUUUCAAUUCAACCCUACGAUGUUGCAAA